AUGAUUGAUAGUGAGGCGAGUAGGCAUCUGGUUCAAUGCAGACGAACACUUAUUACAGGAGUGUAUUUGGAAAAGAUGUUGAAACAAAGUGAUGUGAACAUAUGGAUGCAAAACAUACGCCUCUCAUUAAUCAGUAUUCCAAUAAGUGCCGUUUCGGUUCUUCUCAAUGAUCACAAUCGAAUUGCUGAAGGGAAUACGUUCCGCGGAUUCGAUACUCUUGUAUGGAUAUUGACGUUCACCAACUCACUUGGUGGAUUGCUGAUAUCAAUUGUUAUCAAAUACGCUGAUAAUAUACUCAAAGCUUAUGCACAGAGCGCCGCAAUAAUCGGUGCAGCGAUUGGUUCGUGGAUAUUGUUUGAUUUCGUUCCCAAUCUGAUGUUCACACUGGGCGCGGGUACUGUUUUGCUAUCGGUCUAUAUCUACAGCGCAUAUCCCUUCAAUGGCUAUGAACGACAAAUUCAUGUACAUUCAUCGAUACCGAAGAAAAAUAUUGAAGGCAAUGUCGAAAGUCGUUCAGCGAAUAAUGGCUGA